AUGCUCCUGAUGUACAUCGCUGCUGUGACGGGCAUGGAGUUGAUCAAAGUUGACCAGGAAUUGCCAGUGGACCACCCGUACAAUGCAGCUGCAUCGCUCUGUUUCCGCGACACGAUGGAUGCGAUUCUCACAUUGCUUCAGGUUUUUAGCUUUGAUAGCAUCGGUGGCAUCUACCGACCAUUAGUCAAGCAGAAUGUCUUUUGUUUUGUCUACUUUGUUUUAGCCAUGUUGAUCUUGUCAAUUGCCUUGAUGAAUCUCGUGACCGCUGUGAUGGUGAAUUCCUCGCUGGACCAGGCCAGCCAAGAUAAAGAAGCGAAGAAAGCCUGGGAAGCUGCUCGCAAGGCCAAGCAGAUGGAGAGCUUGAAAAAAAUGUUCUUGGAAUUAGAUGAAGAUGGAUCUGGAGAGCUGAGCCUGGAGGAACUUCUUGACGCGCCUGAAUCAGCCACAGACCAGUUGAAGGAGAUUGCCGGAAGUAGUGAUUUGGAGGAACUUUUCGGGCUGCUUGACUACGACGGUGGCGGCACUGUCGGCGUCGAAGAGUUCUGCGAAGGAGUUCUGAAGGCCUCUUCUGCACCACCUGGAGCCAUGGAGCUGUCCAGCUUGGUGAAGCAAUGCGCUGAGAUUCUGAAGAAUAGCCGAGAAGCACUCGCCAUACUCACCGACGAAAAAGCAUUGCAGGAGCUUGCGCGAAAAGGGGGUUUGGACACCCCCGGCACGCCGAAUAGUUCCGCAACCGGAACUGAACCAGCUUCAGGAAUUGAGGUCCACCAGGUGGACCUCUUGGGCACGAAGGUGUCCAAGGUUGAAGCGGACAUCGGCAAGGCUGGCAAAACGAGCACUUUGAGCAUCUUGACUGGUGCUAUUCUUCCGUCUGCGGGCAAAGCCUUCUUGGGUGGCUUUGAUGUGGUCCAGGAGCAACGGAAGGUGAGACGCCUCUUGGGGUACUGCCCCCAACACGAUGCUCUGUUGGAUCGCCUCACUGUGCGCGAACACCUGGAGCUCUUCGGACGGAUCAAGGGCAUUCCCCGACAGGAUCUGCGCAGAGUGUGUGAUCAGAUGAUGCAGGACCUUUCGCUGUCUCCCCACGUGGAUAAAUUGUCAAUGACUUUAAGCGGUGGCAACAAGAGAAAGCUGUCGCUUGCCAUCGCCUUGAUGGGUUCCCCACCAUUGGUUCUGCUAGAUGAACCCAGCACCGGCGUCGACCCAGCGGCUAGACGUUUGAUGUGGCAUGUCAUCUCCUCCGUUUCCACUUUGCGCAAGGAGAGCACUGUAAUCCUCACCACACAUAACAUGGAAGAAGCGGAAGCGCUCUGUUCGCGCAUUGGCAUCAUGGUUGGUGGCCGGUUGCGCUGUUUGGGCAGCAAUCAACGCCUAAAAGCACGAUUUGGCCAAGGAUAUCAACUCGAGGUGUGCUUGAAUGGCCCGGAGGAUUUGAAAGGUUUCAUACUGAAGCACAAGCUUCCUGCGUUUCUGCACGAGAUCGAAGUGAAACGGAGUUGUGCAGAGUUGGGUCAGCCAGGACGGGCGGCGCUGAUCCGUGCAGGCUGCGAAGAAGGAUUCCUUGUCUUCGACAGUCUUAGUCGAGAAGGAUCAGUCUCCUCGGAGGUCUUUGCCCAGUGGUGGCUCUUCGAAGAUUGUGCGAAUAAUCUCGCUGCAUUUCUGGAGAGACACUUCCCUGGCACUCUGCAACUAGAGAGGCAUGAACACAACUUUCGCUUUCGGCUUCCGCAGAGCUGUCCUCUGGGAGAGGUGUUCCGAGUGCUCGAAGAGUCACGAGAUGAGCUGCACUUGCACGAGUACGGUGUCAGCCAGGCCAGUUUGGAGCAGAUCUUCAACGACUUUGCUGCGCAACAAGAAGAAACUGGACCAGUGCAAGGCCUCUUUCGGGAUGGCCGAGCCCUUCAGGAUCGAAGCGGUUCCGUUGAAAUGAUGACUGGCGUAUAA